AUGCCUCUGAGGUCAGCCAACGUGAGAAAGCGUUUCUUGGCCGCAGCUUCUGGGCAAGGUCCACCCUUGCCGCCCACUCACACCAGCUUGUCAACUUUCAAAUGGUCUCUUGCCAACGCCAACCGCUCAAUCGUCGUGCCUACCCCCUUCUUAAAUCAGCCACACCUUGCACUCAUUGAGGCUGGCCUGAUCGAUGAUCCGAAUAUUGGAUUGAAUGAAGGCACAACCCGGUGGGUUGGUGAAGAAGAAGCCUGGACUUGGGAGACCCAAUUUAAGGUCGAUACUGAUGGUGCAUGGGCAAAGGUGGAGCGCUUUUAUCUUGUAUUCAAUGGUCUUGAUACCUUCUGCGACAUCCAUGUAAAUGGGCACCGAAUUGGCUCCACAGACAACGCGUUUCGAAGCUGGGUAUUUGAUGCCACUCAAGUCAUCAAAUCUUCCCUGAACCAAACGAUCCCACUGUCUCUCAGGUUUGCUUCUGCCUACUCCACUGCCUCGAAAUUGGCCCAUGAGCCAGGUAAUAUGUGGUUUCCAAACAAAUCAGCAGACAAAAAAAGAACCACCACCCUGCAACCCUUUGAGUACAGCUACCGCAAUUGGGCACGUAAGCAGCAAUCGGAUUUUGGAUGGGAUUGGGGGCCUGCAUACCUGCCCUCUGGCCCGGUACAACCAGCCUAUUUGAUCGGUCUUUCUGCGCCGGCCCAAUCGAACCUUGGCCUCGUCAAACAGACCAAGGCUGAUCCACGCCGAGCAAAGGUAAAAGCGCCCACGGCUAAAAAACAAAAGAAUUCGUCUCUACCGGUCGACAAGAAACUUGAAAAGGCCGCCAAUGCACCCAAUCCACCUUCUCUCUGGGUUCAUAGGACCGUAAUCGACAUCUAUCGACAAGGCAUAAAACAUACAACUGAUCUAUUGCUUGCGUCGCCCCUCUUAGAUCAACGCAAUAAUUUGUUACCGGAUCAAAGCGCGCCCUGGGUAAUUAACAUCACCCUCCCCAUCACCUCCCCAAAAUCCAUUAAUGCCACUUUAUCGGGCGUUCUUUCGGGCACGUCAAUCAAACUACCAGCUACUCAACUCAGUACACUCAAGACUCCUCAGUAUAGAGACUACGGCCCGGAUUAUUCACUCACAGUCGAAUACGUUGUCGAUCCCGAAGAAAUUGAGCUUUGGUACCCUGCUACCUUGGGAAACCCCAAGUUGUAUGAUCUCGAAUUGACGCUGAAACUUGAAGGCCAACGUGCAAGCUCGAGCAUAGAUGAAGGGCUGACUUGGAAGGAGAAAGUCGGGUUUCGAACUAUCGUCGUUGAUCAGAGUCGAUAUACCCAGGAAGAGGUUUCUCGUGGAGUUCAGCCUGGUACCCGCUUUACUUUCAUCGUCAAUGGCAAGCCCUUCUAUGUCCAAGGUUCCAGUAUGAUCCCGAUCGACAAUUUUGCCGCUCGUACCAAUUCUACCACCAUUCGCUGGCUAAUCGAAUCUGCCCUGUUGGCCCAUCAGAACGUCAUCAGGAUUUGGGGUGGUGGUGCCUAUCAGACCGAUGAGUUUUACGACAUUUGUGACGAGCUCGGUAUCCUGGCUUGGUCGGAAAGUGUCUUUGCCUGCGGCGCUUAUCCUUUGUCCCCUGAAUCCUUUCUGGAUAACAUCCGCGCAGAAGUCUCUGAGAAUGUCGCAAGGUUGAAUCGUCAUCCUAGCACCGCUCUAUGGGCCGGUAAUAAUGAGGGAGAAGGAUAUCUAAUCGACGUUAAUAAGACCUGGGCAAAUGGUUCAAUCUACUUCAACCAGUAUGAUCAUCUCAACAAUCACGUCUUGCGAGACCUUGUCUUGGAUAACACACGUUCAAUAUCAUACAUUCCCUCGUCAACCACUCAAGGUUAUUUCACGCUUGAUCCAUACGUCUCCCGCUACUAUAACUCCACGCCCGGAGAGCUUUAUGGCGACAAGGAGCACUACAACUACAAUACCUCCGCCAGUUUUGACAUCACAUCUUAUCCAGUCGCCCGCUUUGUUAACGAGUUUGGCUUUCAUUCGAUGCCCUCUAUUUAUACCUGGGAUCGUAUCCUUGAAUCCCCUGAGGACUACGAUUUCAAUUCUACUGUAAUCCGGGCUCAUGAAAAACACAACCCUGCAGAAUCUCUUGUAUAUCCAUGGCCAGCAGAUGACGGUCAGAUGCAGCUUACCACUGGGGUGACGAGACACUAUCCUACCCCAAACAUCACCGGCGAUUAUCACACACUUUUGGCUCAGUGGUCUUACUCUACUCAGGUCUUCCAGGCCGCUUUCAUGGCUUCAGAAAUUCAUUACUACCGGUUGGGAGCCAGCCGCGGCGAAAACAACAUGGGUAAGUCCGCUCUUCAAGUGAAUGACGUGUGGGAGGGUCAAAGUUGGUCGUCGAUAGAAUAUACCGGAAGAUGGAAGAUCUUCCAUUACCUCGCCGAACGCGUCCAAUCCCAUGUCAUCAUUUCGCCCAUCUUUCAUCAGACAAAUAAUACCUUGGACAUUUAUGUUACCUCUGACCUUUGGCAAGCAGUCGAAGGUACCGCGGAAUGGACCUGGUACGAUUUUGCGGGUCGACAAUUGUCGAAAACGACGAAGAAAUUCUCAGUCGGAUCACUCAACUCGACUCACCUAUAUCAUUCUGCGGGUCUCUCGACGAUCGUCCCCAAUGGUCACCCUCCAAAUGACGCUUGGAUGCAUCUCACCAUGACCACUAGCGAUGGCAAAUACACCAACGAACAAUUCUUCCACCCCGUCGCCCUAAGAGAUUGUAAGUUGCGCGCCACUAAGGUCCAGAGUCGGCCGAUCGGCCAUAAUCAGGUCUCAGUAGAAGUCGCAAGUGGCGGUGUUGCUGCUUGGGUCAAUGUUGAGCACCCUCCAGGCGUGCGAGGUUACUUCAAAGACAUGACGACAAAACUGCCUUCAAAUGACUUCUUUCUCAGGCCGGAUGAGAAAAGACAGCUGGAAUUUGUCUUGCGAGAUCAAGAUCAUGACGAUGCGGCUCAGAAUCUAGAGUCCAAGAUGGUUGUUCGUACUUUAUGGGACAACCAACAUCCCACUAAAUAA